AUGGAUCAACCUUCAAGGACAGACGAGUCUUACUAUGAGACACACUCUGGUAGCUUGGAUCCAAGCCAUCACUUCCACCCACCAUCCUCCUACCCCUAUCCCCACCCCACACUGUAUAGGCCAAGCCACGGUGGAGUCCUUCAUCAUGAGUCUCCUCAACAUGGGGUGUCCCCACAUCCAUCCCAACAGCAUGCUGGAUUCCAUCAACAAAAUGAAUCCCAGCAUUUGCGUGGAUCAGACUUCCAUGAUAGUGCUUUCCCCCAUCAUCCCUAUCAUCAGGACAGGGCCCACUUCUCCACAUCACCUACUAAUGUCCCUCACACUUACGGCGGACCUCAUCCCCUCGCUGAGUCUCAGCACUCUGGUGGACCCCAAGAUGGAUCUCAUAUUGAAUCCUAUCAUUCCCACCAAGGUAACCCCCAUAAACCCAGUGAAGCUUUGUCCUAUCCCUCCUCUAUUGGCAGUCACCAAGGGAAAAACCAUCACCACUAUGAGAGGCCUCAAUAUCUUGACCCUCGCCAGAGCAACAGGCAGUCUGAACUUUCAGACAACCUUUCCCAUCGCUCUGGUGAGGAGUACCAAAACCAGGAAAGAUCUGGUCUCCAAGCCGGUCAGCAACAGGAGGGCCAGCGAGCCAGCUCUAAACGUGGUGAGCAUCGACGCCGGCAUGGAGAUCAUUUGAAGCACAAAGACCGUAUUCGCCAUCGCCGCCCAAGUGCUUCCCAGAUGUCACACAAGUCCCACAGCACAGUUGCCACCUCUCCUUCUCCUAUGGGAUCCAAGAGCUUAGCCAGUAUGCCUCGGUCUCACUUGGGAGUUCGAUCUUAUGUUUCCAGCCAAGUUCAUUCCGGGGAUAGCUUGAAAGAAUCAGUCUCUUGGAGCGAUGAGGACCAUGUUCAGAAACGCAAAAAGGCCCAGAGGACCCACAAGAAGGCACACUCUGGGAAUGUCUUCCAUUUGAUAUGGGAAAAAAUAAGCCAACUCCUUUUGGGUCUCCAGCAAAUGUUAUUGACACUAACCCAGUCCCUGUGCUUUGAGACCUUUAUCUUCCUCGUGGUCUGCCUCAACACAAUCGUCCUUGUGGCCCAGACUUUCACUGAGCUAGAGAUCCGAGGUGAAUGGUACUUCAUGGUUUUGGACUCUAUUUUCCUGUCCAUCUAUGUGAUAGAAGCCAUCCUCAAGAUAAUUGCUCUGGGCAUGGAGUAUUUUUACGACCCAUGGAAUAAUCUGGACUUCUUCAUCAUGGUCAUGGCAGUGUUGGACUUUGUGCUCCUCCAGAUAAACUCGCUCUCCUAUUCAUUCUACAACCACAGCAUGUUCCGGAUUCUCAAAGUCUUCAAGAGCAUGCGGGCCCUGCGGGCCAUUCGGGUCCUUCGGAGGCUCAGCAUCCUGACCAGCCUCCACGAAGUGACCGGGACUCUGAGUGGAUCUCUGCCAUCCAUCACAGCUAUCCUCUCCCUCAUGUUUACCUGUCUCUUCCUCUUCUCUGUGGUGCUCCGGGCACUGUUUCAGGAGUCAGACCCCAAGCGCUUCAAUAACAUCUUUACCACUCUCUUCACCCUAUUCACCAUGCUCACCUUGGAUGACUGGUCCCUCAUCUACAUAGACAACAGGGCCCAAGGUGCCUGGUACAUCAUCCCCAUCCUCAUGAUUUACAUCAUUAUCCAGUACUUCAUCUUCCUCAACCUGGUGAUUGCUGUCCUGGUAGACAACUUCCAGAUGGCAUUGCUCAAAGGCCUAGAGAAAGUGAAGCAGGAGCAAGCUGCCCGGGUCCAUGAGAAGUUGCUGGACGACUCUUUGACAGAUCUCAACAAAGCAGACCCGGAUGCCCAAAUAACUGAGGAGACCUUGAAGACGCAGCUUAUUGAGAGAAUGUUUAGCAACAUGACAGAGAAGCAGCGGAAGCUCCACUUCCAGUUCCUGCAGUUGGUGGCAGCUGUGGAGCUGCAUCAGCAGAAGUUUCGCUCCCAAGCCUUUGUCAUCGAUGAGCUUGUGGACACUGCAUUUGAGGCUGGAGACGACGAUUUUGGGAAGUGA